AUGGCGACCGAGGGCGAUGUCUUCAGCCUCGGCGGCAGUGCCACCGUGCAUGCGAAGCAAGGGGGCAAAGCCACAAGCCAGUUCACUUACGAUGCAGUUGUGACUGGCGAGGUCUGCCGAGAUCCGUCGCAAUCGGCUUCUGCUUCAGUUCAAGAGCCAAGUGCAAGCGUGGCCUCAGAGCCCAAGGCAUCAACUCGACAGCAGCCCGAAUCUGCAACUACCUCCGAGUCGAAGCCCAAGACUGAGCCCAAGACUGGGCCCAAGACCGAGCCCAAGACGGAGCCCAAGACGGAGCCCAAGCCCGAGUCCAAGCCCGAGCCCAAGACCGAGCCCAAGACCGAGCCCAAGACCGAGCCCAAGACCGAGCCCAAGCCCGCGUCCAAGCCCGAGUCCAAGCCCGAACCCAAGCCCGAGCCUGCAGUUACCAGCCCUUCCGUUACAAAGGCUGACACGAAAGCGUCUGCAGUGGUCUCAGAUUCGCCCGCUGCUUCACCAGCUUCGCCUGCAGGCUCUGCUCAACAAACCGGACGCCGCAUCAGUCGCAUCAAUUCCAUGAGCAAGCGACAGCUGUGCCAUGCAGGCCUGGCUCGCAAGCACACGCUGGGUGGUAGUGCUGAGCUUGUUAAAAUGGAGCACGUCGUUCCCAAAGAACGCUUGCGUGGCGAGGUUAUCACCAUCCGUCUCUUCAUUUCGUCCACCUUUGUGGAUACACACAGUGAACGUGACACGCUCAUUCGCAAGGAAUCGCAAGCUACCACGAUCCAGCGCACAUGUCUGGACGAAAUUGAUCGGUGUCGCAACGACCCCAAUGAGAUGCCAUGGUUUCUCGGCUUGCGCUCGGAGCGAUAUGGCUGGGUUCAAACCGAAUUCAACAAGCCAUCUGACUUCAACGAGCCGGAUCGAUUUGAUUGGAUGACCGGUGUCAAGAAGGAGCAUCCCGCCGGCCUGUCCAUCACCAGCAUGGAGUGGAUCUUCGACUUUGAAUACAAGCCAGAAGAUGCGGAUAUCCCAGCCGUGGUCGAGCAUCAGUACACAAAAACGCCGCUCUAUUCCCAAUACCGCAAAGAUCUAGAAACUCUGACCAAGCAGAUUCGCAGUGCUACUGAUCGUGCCAUCAGCUUUGACUAUCAUCCUGGAGAACCCAUCGAGGUCAAGGAAACAGGUCGUUUGCCCAAUGGCAAGCGCUUUGGAACAGGCUCUGUCGGCCAAAUGGAUUUCUUUGCGGACAAGUUGUUCAAUCUUUUGUACGCAGCCAUUGACGCCGAAUAUCCUGCGUACACGGGCGAGCUGGACGAACAAGACCUUUUGGAAGUUCAGCAUGAACUUCAUUCUCGGCGAAUUCGACACGGCUUUGUUGGCCGCGAGAAGAUGCUGGGCGACCUGCUUGACUAUGUGGCCAGUGAUGCAACUGCGCCUCUGGUUCUGACGGGCGAGUCAGGCAUUGGCAAGAGCGCCCUCAUGGCUCAGUUGGCUGCUCGUUGUGAAGAAAAUGAAAACUACUCUGUUGUCAAACUCUUCGUUGGCAUCAACCCGAGCUCGUUCGACCUCCGAAGCGACCUGCGCUACCUUGUUUUGGCCCUGUCAAAGGUGACGCUUAAUCCAAUGUUCUUGAAUGACGUUAAGCUUGGCUCUGGCCUGCGCAGUACUUGGGCGCGCAUACUGUCCGAGGCAGGCAAGCGCAAGAACCCGACCGAUCGGGUCAUUGUCUUUAUCGAUGGUUUGCAAAACCUGCUGCCUCUGCACGACAGCUUUCGAAUGGAGUGGCUCUCUGCAUCCCUUCCAUCAACCGUCAAAGUCAUUCUUUCAACUACGGAGGGUCACCCAACCUAUCGCAACCUCCAGCGGAUGUCGCCCAAGGUCGUGACUGUGGACUCAUUGUCUGAUGACGAAGGCGCACAGCUUGUGCGCAACUUUCUCGACAUUUACCACAAAAAGCUGACUGAGGAUGACUCCAACGGCCUGCUGGGCAACCAGAUGAAGGAGCUGAUGCUGAAGGAGGAAGCGCGCAAUCCACUGUACUUGCUUGGAGCAGCCUCUGAGCUGGUUUCCUUUGGCGUGUACGAGAAAGUCACGACUUAUCUUCGAGAGCUUCCACACACAUUGGCCCCGCUCUUCGAGUUUAUUAUCGUACGCUUGGAGGAAGAUCACGGUGAAGAGCUCGUCCGUCUUGUGCUGAGCCUCAUUGGCAGUUCAGCACAAGGUAUUUUGGAACAGCACCUGGUUGCCUUGCUCGAAGCCUACGAGUACAAAUCUGAGCGCAUUUCCACCUACUCACGUCUUUACAGCAGCAUCCGCAUGUACGUGUCGAGCGGUAGCGGAGUUUUGCGAAUUGCCUACGAACCCAUCCUCAAGGUUGUGCAACAGCGCUACCUAAAUGAUGAAGUGGAGGUUAAAGCCUUGCAUCUCCUUUUGGCCAACUUUUACGAAGCCAUUCUAGAUCCUGAAGACGAUGACGUCUUUGACACUCCCAAGGAAGCGUUUGCCUUCGACACAUUGCCACGACACGCCUAUGCGGCGAAUGGUGCUGCUGGCCUGAUGCACCUUUUGCAGCAACCUGGCUACUUGCGAGGACGCCUGCGCACCAGCGGCUUGGGGCCACUACUCAGCGAUUUUGAGUUGAUACCUGCCGCUCAAACGACUCCGUGGUUGCGCGCAAUCGAGCAUCUCAUCCGUACCUACGCGUCCAACCUGCAAAAGGAGCCCGACGCGCUCACCCACCAGCUGGCUUCCCGCUUGAUUCAGGCCCUGCUUUCCGCGGACUUGAGCAAAAACAUGGACUCAAUCAUGGUCAUCGCCGGUGGUGCAGCCAUGCAAAGCUUUUCCCUGCCAGACCUCAACCCCGGCGUCGACUGCACGCUCUAUAGUCAUUAUGCUAACCAAGUGUACUUGUUUGAUGAGGAACGACAAUGUGUCACCAUUCCAGGUGGUGUUAUGCAAGCGAGCAUGGGUGUACCAGUCAUGAAGGUGUUUGAAGCGACCACAGGGCUACAAAAGGCCGAGCUCAAGGGCCAUGAACAGUCUAUCAUGUCUUCCUUCAUGUUGAGCGAUACGGAGCUGGUAACGGCCAGCCUUGACACCAAGAUCAUUGUUUGGGACCUCAUGGCUUUGGCACCAGUGCGCACAUACGAAGGCCAUGAGCACCCCGUCUUGCGUUGUGUGUUGGUCGGUCGGCACAUGUACAGUGUUGAUGCCAUGCAAAACAUGCAUGUCGUUGACAUCGACUCGAUGGAGUUGAUCAACAAGUAUGAUGACGUGGAUGGCUUCAAUGACUUCAAGGACACGUACUCCGUGUCACUUCAGCCCACCACAGCAGCUUCGUUGAAGGCCAUUCUCUGCGUCAUGCCCGAUGAGAAGCGCAUCUUCCUCGGCGGCAAUCAUCGCUCAUUCAAGGCAAGUUGCCGAACAUCGCUAAAACUUGGAAACAGACUGCUGGAAGACCUUUGUAUCAAGAUUAUGAACGUUGACACAUGGACCGUGACACAGCAACUCACCGGGCACACCUUGGCGCCCGAUUACAUCAAGUUUUAUCCUGAUAAGUCGGUCCUCCUGACGACCGGCAUCGAUAUGACGGUGAAAGUCUGGGGCGUUGUCACGCUCAAGAAAGUGACAGAGUCAGCUGCAGCCGAGCCCACGACCGCCACCAUGCGCCAUCUGACAGGCGCGUGCUUCCUUUCACCCGAACGAUGUCUUGUGCACACAAAUAUGGACCCCCCCUUUGAGGUGGUCGACACCAAAACCGGACAGGUCUGCGGUACACACGACAGCUUGCACAGUAUUGAUGGUGUGUCCGCCUCCUUCAUGUGGUGUGCAGCGACAGCCCUGGAAGGCGGCCUUUUAUUGAUCACAGGCUAUGACGCUGUUAUUGUGAUCAAGGACGACUUGUCUGCAUUGGUCGCUACUUUCACUGCCCCAUGCCUUGAGCGAUGCAAACAAGUUGUCAACAUGGGAGGAGGUCGCGUGGCUCUAGGCCAAGACAACCACGGCAUCCUGGCCGUUGUAGAUAUCAACAGCAAAAAGGUGGUACACAACGACGAAGCUCAUACCAAGCAAAUCACUUCGCUGAUUUACGAUGCCAAAAGAAACCACAUUUGGUCCAUCGAUUCCAACGCAAAGCUUUGCCAAUGGUCUCAGGAUCUUCGUUUGAUCAAGUCGUGGGAGCUCAAGGAUCUCCUCUCUCCGUCCUGCCUGGCUUUGUCGGCUGAUGGGCAACACAUCAUGCUUGCGACAACCACCUUCGCCGCGUCAAUUGCUGUGGCUGACGGACAGCUUGUCGGAAAAGGCUUUGUCUCGCACACCGCUUAUGCCGUGGAUUCGGCUCUCAAUCCCGCGCGCUCAAUCUACGCACUUUUGCUCCAUGGCAACUAUGUGGACUUUUUCGAGACCGUGACCAUGAAGCCGCUGCUGACCCUCAUCUUUGAGAUUCCCAUCCAUCGUCUGCUUGCCACACCGGACAACUCUCUUAUUUUUGGUGGCGAUGAGACAUACACCGUUGCCUUCAAUGACAAGCGCAGCCUUUUUGAGCCACGCCUUCAGAAAAUCUCACUUGGCCAGUACAACGUGGACAAGACGAAGAAAGAUGCAAAUGCCACCAAGACCAUUGCUUCAAAGACUGCCGCAAAUCAUUUCCAGAAACUGUUGGCUGAGUGCGCCAAUUCUGGAGAUUUUGAGGGUGUCAAAGAGGCCAUUGAGAAUGGCGCAGACUGUAACAGCAAGGAUGCGGAGUUUGGCAUGACGUGCCUACAUAGCGUUGCAUCUUGCAAAGAUGAGGCCGCGGCCGUUAAGAUUGCCAAGUACCUGAUUGAACAGGGUUCCGACAUCAAUGCUGUCAACCUUGUCACGGCAUCCACCCCGCUAUCGCUUGCGACCUCCUCGGGCACCGCUGGCGUGGUGCGCGUCUUCCUGGAGAAUGGCGCAAAAGUAAAUGAGAUGGACGGAAUGAACAUGUGCAUGCUCAACUUGGCCUUGUUUGGCGGCAAAAUCGACAUGGCUGAGAUCAUGCUCGAGUUUGGUGCCGAUGGCAGCAUUGUUGAUCGGACACAAAUGAAUGCUGUGGACGUGCUUCAUAGCCGUUUCUCACAACUAGCCAGCUCGGAUGAACUGGACAGAGACCCUGCACUCAAGGAACGCAUGCUCAAGCUUCGACAAAGGCUUCUGGACGCUGGCGUUAAACCUGCCAUGCCCAUCCUCACCCCAGCUUUCCUGCAGUAAAGGCAGAGUCAUUUCACAAACGCACAUGUGAUGUCCAUGACACACUGCAUGUUUUCCGUUUUUCUGUGGCUCUUGCGCGGAAAUGCUUUUGACUUGCAUGUCUCCAAGCUCGGUGUUGUGCUUUCUUUUCCCAAUCAAUUGUAUGUAAUCACGC